CUCAUUGCCUCAAUUCUAUAGAGAGCACUAUCACUUUAUUUGACCGAGUUUCCUUCGUAUUUGUUAAAAACAGCUAAAGACGCAUAAAGUAGCCACAGAAUGACAGGAACGAAGGCAAGAGUUCCAGUUUGUCCACAUGCUUAGGGGGGAAAUGGCGUUAUCUACACACUAACAACUUGUGAGAAAAUGGACAACUGGACAAGGUCAUCCAGAACCACUUUUUCAGCACGAUUCAGAUCUCUUCAGAUGCAGUGAGUUGGACCCCAGGACGCCCCAACCACCCUGAUACACCACCCAACAUCUAUGAGGGAGGGCUGGGGGCCCAGCAGCAGCAGGGUCCUGGUGCCCAGGCAAGCAAGCCCAAGAACUUCCGAUUACGUCACCUCCGGAGCUUGGCUCUCUACCUGCCAGGCCACAUGCAGCCUGCUGGUCAAUGUGGAAGCCACUGGCUAGGCCGGCUCAUGGCUGGGGGCAGCCCGCCAAGGCCUGAAGGCUCGGCCUGGCCCCUCUCUCUGCCACAGGGGACUCUGGGUCCAGGUAACAGCCAUUGCUCAACCCUUCUGGAAGCCCAACUGCCCAGGGACAGCCUGGGAAAUACAGCUUCCAGUUCCAGCAUGGACCCAGUCAAGGGUGUCCCCUCCCAGUCUGGUCCCCCUGAGGGCUGCUUGGGACUCAGGCCCAAGAGGUCCUGGAGAGCCUUGGAGGAGACCAUGUGUCCCUUGUGCAAGAGAACCCGCUCUGGGGCCUUGGAGAGGACAUAAGGAUCCAAAGUGCCAGGGCUGGGGACAUUAAGGGAAGGAUGACCAAGGAAGAGGCGGAGGCCAGGUUUACUGAGGAAGGGUUCAGUUCCAGCAGCUGUCCUCCCACUGAGAUGGCCCCCAGAGCUGCCCAGCUUCAGACCUGGGCUAGUCUGGGGAAAGUAUGAGGGAGGGAGGAGGAAGUCCCUUGAGAGGGACAGAAGAAAUGGAAGCAUGCCCAUGCCCUUGCAGCCUGCCCAAACUCCAGUCAGCCACGUGUAGCUGGGAGGCCAGGCUGAGCAGAAAAUCUGGUUCCUGAGAGCCAGGGAGUCCUCAGGUCUUACCUCAGUAAAAAGCCAAGGCCUGCA